AUGAUGUCCACCACUGUGCCUGCUGACUGUCUCCGUCCUAGGGCCAUGUGUCCUAAACCCCAACUGGGUGCCCAAGGUUGUUUUGUGUCACACUGUGAUAUUCGGAUGGGUGGGCAAGGUGGUGACCACAAAGAUGAGAUUGCAGGAUCCAACUCACCUUCUGCGACUGGUGACAAAGACGAAAUUGAUCAGUUCAGUGACCAGCCAGCAUUCCAACCUUCGACUGCAAACACGGUGGAUGAUGAUACCACCCCUGAUGAGGGCGCUCGAGGUGUGAGGGCACCUUCCACCACUCAGGCUGGAACAACUACCCUUUCCGUGCAACCUACCAGCUCUGCACUGUCUGAUUCACCCCCUGGCAUCAUCUGA